UCCGGAUCCCUCCGUCCAGCACCCACCCCUCACCUUUCCUCGGGGAAGUGAGGGCAGGACACCCUAAGGGUGCAGAUCCGGUGCCCCCGGGAACACACAGGUCUGAGUGGGCAGAGCCCCUCUCCAUGCUGGUCUGGGCGAUGUUUAUAGGGGGCCCAGUGGCUUGGGGCUGGAAGCCUCCUUGUGACUAUGGAGGGGACAGGGCUGCUGGCCCCCACUGAGGGAAUUCCCUGCGGGCUGUCCCUCAGGUUCUUGUCCCAACCCCUCCCCCGCACCCCUCUCACACCUGCUUCGACCCCAAGCAGAUCAGAUGUGGCAAUGGGGGGGGUCAUGUGACGGAGAGAUGGCUAUAAAUAGCUGGGGGUGGGCAUGCUGCCCCAGACGCCUUGGGGACAGGCAAGAGGACGGGCUUAAGGAGCUGUACUGGGGGAGGCCCCGGGGCGAGCAGGCCAAGGCCUGGCCCAGGGAAGGAACAUGGAGCGGUCAGAGUCCCAGCGGCGUGGGGGGGAGCAAAGCUGGUGGGGUAGUGCCCCCCAGUACCAGUAUAUGCCUUUUGAGCACUGCACCAGCUACGGACUACCCUCCGAAAAUGGGGCCCUUCAGCACAGGCUCCGGAGGGACGCAGGCCCCCGUCCCAACACCCGCCCCACACAGAUUUAUGGCCAUCACAAACAGCAGCCCCCGCACAAGGAGCAGGGCAUGGGGAUGCCCCUGAAGACGGGCUCCAGUGACAGCCUGGACAGCAAGGAUGAGGAUCACUCUUCUAAAUGUCAAGACUGUAUGCGCCGCCUGGGACACGUGGUAAGAAGGAAAUUAGGAGAAGACUGGAUCUUUCUGGUGCUUCUGGGACUGCUUAUGGCUCUGGUUAGCUGGAGCAUGGAUUAUGUCAGUGCCAAAAGCCUUCAGGCCUACAAGUGGACCUAUUACCAGAUGCAGCCCAGCCUGCCUCUGCAGUACCUGGUCUGGGUCACCUUCCCGCUAACUCUCAUCCUCUUCAGCGCCCUCUUUUGCCACCUCAUCUCUCCCCAGGCUGUUGGCUCCGGGAUCCCUGAGAUGAAGACAAUACUCCGUGGGGUCAUCCUGAAGGAAUAUCUCACCCUCAAGGCCUUUGUGGCCAAGGUUGUGGCCCUGACUGCAGGGCUGGGCAGUGGCAUUCCUGUGGGGAAGGAGGGCCCAUUUGUGCACAUAGCCAGCAUCUGUGCUGCUGUCCUCAGCAAGUUCAUGUCAAUGUUCUGCGGGGUAUAUGAGACCGUGUCUGGGCGGCUUGAUCUCCUGGUGCCGGCCUGUGCGGUGGGCGUGGGAUGCUGCUUUGCAGCCCCUAUCGGAGGAGUGCUGUUCAGCAUCGAGGUCACCUCUACCUACUUUGCCGUGCGGAACUACUGGCGAGGAUUCUUUGCGGCCACGUUCAGUGCCUUUGUUUUCCGCGUGCUGGCCGUGUGGAACAAGGAUGCUGUCACCAUCACUGCCCUCUUCAGAACCAAUUUCCGAAUGGAUUUCCCCUUUGACCUGCAGGAACUCCCAGCCUUUGCCAUCAUCGGGAUUUGCUGUGGGUUCCUGGGAGCUGUAUUUGUGUAUCUGCACCGCCAAGUCAUGCUUGGUGUCCGAAGGCACAAGGCCCUCAGCCGGUUUCUGGCGAAGCAUCGCCUGCUGUAUCCCGGAAUCGUCACCUUUGUCAUCGCUUCAUUCACUUUUCCACCAGGAAUGGGUCAAUUCAUGGCUGGAGAGCUGAUGCCUCGUGAAGCCAUCAGUACCCUCUUUGACAACAACACAUGGGUAAAGCAUGUGGGUGACCCUGCAAGCCUGGGCCAGUCGGCUGUGUGGAUCCAUCCACAAGUCAACGUCGUCAUCAUCAUCCUCCUCUUCUUUAUCAUGAAGUUUUGGAUGUCCAUCGUGGCCACCACUAUGCCCAUACCCUGUGGAGGCUUCAUGCCUGUGUUUGUGCUAGGAGCCGCAUUUGGAAGACUGGUGGGAGAGAUCAUGGCCAUGCUAUUCCCUGACGGUAUCCUAUUCGAUGACAUCAUCUACAAGAUCCUACCCGGGGGCUAUGCAGUAAUUGGGGCAGCAGCGCUGACUGGUGCAGUGUCCCAUACGGUCUCCACAGCUGUGAUUUGCUUCGAGUUAACGGGUCAGAUUGCCCACAUCCUCCCCAUGAUGGUGGCUGUCAUCUUGGCCAACAUGGUGGCUCAGAGCCUGCAGCCCUCCCUCUAUGACAGCAUCAUCCAGGUCAAGAAGCUACCCUACUUGCCUGACCUUGGUUGGAACCAGCUCAGCAAAUUUACAAUCUUUGUUGAGGACAUCAUGGUGCGUGAUGUGAAGUUUGUUUCAGCCGCCUGCACGUAUGGGGAAUUGCAAACCCUGCUCCAGACCACCACAGUCAAGACUUUACCACUGGUUGAUUCGAAAGAUUCAAUGAUCCUGCUGGGCUCCGUGGAGCGGUCAGAGCUGCAGUCCCUCCUGCAGCGCCACCUGUGCCCUGAGCGGAGGCUGCGGGCAGCCCAGGACAUGGCCAGAAAGCUGUCUGAGCUGCCUUAUGAUGGAAAGGCGCGGCCUGCUGGCAGGGGGCACCAAGGCAUCCCAUCCGAGGGCCGGAGGGAGUCCUUUGCCUUUGUGGAUGAGGAUGAAGAGGAGGACUUCUCUGGGAAACCCGAGCUGCCUCCUCUCCCCGCUCCUCGCUCCUUUCCUGCCGCUCCAUUGUCCCCAGAAGAGCCCAAUGGGCCCCUGCCCAGCCACAAACAGCAGCCAGAAGCCCCGGAGCCUGCAGGUCAAAGACCCUCUGUCUUCCGGUCCCUGCUGCGCUGCUUACUGGGCAGACCUCGCCCCACGAAGAAGAAAACAACCCAGGAGUCAACGGAUUUGGUGGACACCAUGUCACCUGAAGAGAUUGAGGCCUGGGAGAAGGAGCAGCUGAGCCAGCCGGUGUGUUUUGACUACUGCUGCAUUGACCAGUCUCCCUUCCAGCUGGUGGAGCAGACGUCUCUGCACAAGACCCACACGCUCUUCUCGCUCCUCGGCCUCCACCUUGCUUACGUGACCAGCAUGGGGAAGCUCAGGGGCGUGCUGGCGUUGGAGGAGCUGCAGAAGGCCAUCGAAGGGCACACCAAGUCCGGGGUGCAGCUCCGCCCGCCCCUCGCCAGCUUCCGGAACACGACGACAGCUCGGAAGAACCCUGGGGGCCCGCCCCCGCCCACGGACACGUGGAGCCUGCCUGAGGACGGAACCGGGGCGGCCGGGGCGGGGGACAGGGCUCCCGCCUCCCCAGAGACCCCCGUGCCCUCCCCCUCCCCGGAGCCCCCUCUCUCGGUGGCUCCAGCCAAGGUGGAGGGCGAGCUAGAGGAGCUGGAGCUGGUGGAGAGUCCUGGGCCUGAAGAGGAGCUGGCUGAUAUCCUGCAGGGCCCCAGUCUGCGGUCCACCGAUGAGGAGGACGAGGAUGAACUGAUCCUGUGACGCCUCCAGGACCUCCUCCUCAAGACUGUCCAGAGGCCCCGGCCCCAGGCUGGCUUUGUGUGGGAGAGGGUACGUCCUGAGGUUGGAGGGAUCACACCGAUGUCCUGCCCCGUCCUGGGAAUUGUGAAAUGGCAUAGUGACAGUCUUAGAGGAGGGUUCCUUGCAGCAGAGAGUAGCCUUGAUCAGUUAUUUAGGCCACAUCCCCCCAUCCAGACAGGCAGGGGCUUCUAACCCCAGCGGAGGGCCUGAUAGUCCGUGGGGUUUCCCGAGUCUCUCUGGUGUGUGGGGUGGGACAUACCCUGCGACUUUCAGGCCUCCCCUUAUUCUCCAGGAGCCCCCUGAUGUUCUUGUCCCAACACCUUCCUGGCUCUGCCUAUGUGUCUGCCAGUCUCCAUGGCGGGGACCCACAUGACUGUGGCCUGUGGAGGAGAUGGGAGGCCCUCAUGACCUCGUGGACAGAUGGCCCCGGAAUAUACCCCAGAACAGUCCGCACCCCUCUCUCAGAGCCCCCCACCCCGUUCUCCCACUGGCUCACACCGGCUCCCUGGAAGUUGCCCCCCACUACCUGUCACGAGGCAAGGGUCAUCGCUAGGGCACUGAAAGGCCGGUCCCAUCACCUCCUCCUUUGCCUCAGACUUAAGCAGUGCAAUGUGGAUAAAGGAGGGGCAGCCUGACAGAGAAAAGUUCUCUGUGGAGGAAGCAGGGUCACUCCUACCUCCUUCAGGCAGAAAUCACUCCCAUACCAGUUUCCUCACCCUCCAGUUUCCAGGUCACUCCCUGGAAACAUACAUCCCCCUCCCCAGUGUCGUCACUGAUCUGUCCUGCCCAAGGGUCGGCUGUGCCCUCCCGCUGCUGUGGCUGUGGCUUCUUCUACCCGGCACCAAGGCUCAGGGCAAGGUCACUGGGUCACUCAGACACCAGCCUUUAGGCUGGUUCUUUGUGUUCCUCUCCUAGAGGUGGAGAGAGGAGGGUUCAAAGUCAAGAUGGCAGAUGUCUUUGAUGCUUCCCACACUGGGGAAGUCAGAUCCGUAUCCUCCCCCAAUCGGCAACAGGGUGUCUGCUGUUAGCCUGUCUUUCUUGUAAGUGGUCUCGGGUGCUCUGAGCCUCCACACCCAAGGCUUUCCUCCCUCCCUCCUUUUAUGCCUUGUCUGGUUCUGCAGUUUUACCCCUUUCCGACAUUCUCCUCCUUCUCCUCCCCUGUGCCCAGUCUCCGUCACCCCCCAAAUAAGACACUCAUAGUCAGAUGUGCCACCACAUUCUGUUUAGUGCCAUUGAACACAGCCUGUAGCCCUCUCCAACAUCACGUCCCUUCCACCUCCCCAGGCCGAGAGAGAGAGAGAGAGAGAGAGAGAGAGGGCACAGCCUGGGGAGGGGGUUGGCAGUAGGCAUGUGAGCCCGUGCCCAUGUGUAAAUAAUCUAUAAUAUUUAUAUAUAUAUAUUUAUAUAUAAUUCUCUCUGUAAUAUAUGUCAUAGAAUCUCUCUUGGGCCUGGGGUGGGAAUGUCACAUUAAGAAAACAUGCUAAGACUGGCCAUAAAAAUGAAUUAGUUCCCAGACCUGGAAGACACAGAGUGGGAUGUAGAAGUGGGGGCAAAGAGAAGGGCAUACACUCAUUCACCAAGAGCCCCUCCUCAGCUGAGGGGCAAGAAGGAAGGCGUGGGGGGCAGUGGGGCAGUGGAAGGGGAGGAACGGGAGAUUUGGAGUUUUCU